AUGACCUCCGCCGUCCUCGUGCGGACCUGCUUCGUCUCGGCUUGCGCCAACGCUCUUUUCAACAAACGCGAUCGCAAUCCGCUAGAUUUUCACAAGGUAGCCGUCGUCGCCAGAAGAACGACCCGUUCCACCGCUCUUUCGUACGGAUAUCGCUUCCGCCGACACUCGCUCACCACUCCAGCCGGCCCCGGUCGUCGACGGAGGGCUCCGUGGUCCGUUUAUUAUCCCGGGACUCUGCGCAAGCCGUCACAUUCUCUUCGCCCGCCUAGACUAGGCACAAACCAAGCCGGGAUAACCCGCCGUGUCCCGCUGAACACAGAAGCUAUGGACGAGAUGGUGCUGCUCCAGCGCAGUCUGAACCAACCCAUCGGGAAUGGGACCCCGACCCCUGAGCCCAGGCGUCAUCAGAGCCGUGGCGGGAGCCGCGAUGAAUCAAAACCGCGGCGCUUCCCCGAAGAACCUCUUGCAUCGCCUCAUUCACAUGUCGACGAUCUGAUAGAGACUCGUUCAGCAAGGUCUGCCUCGACAGCUUCAAGGAGUACCAACAGAUUAUCCCUGACUUUGCCUAUUGUACCCCCAGCCACCUAUCCUUCACGGCCAACCCCAUCCUCGUCAACAACGCCCGCAUUCCCGCCGACGCCGCUUGACACUCCCUCAUUAAUGUCACCGGUGGAUCCCAACGACUUCAUCACCGCGAUAGCAGCGCAGGAACGCCGCGUCCUGGAGCUUCGGGAAGAGCUCAACCGUGCAGAGCUGGACCUUGCAAGGCUGAAGAAGCAAUAUGCAACACAUGAGGCGUACAAGAAGAGGGGAGCGCGACGAAACAUUGAACCUCUUCCAGGCUUCGCACCUGCCGCCGAGCUACAGGACGAAAUUGCCAUCCGACGAAGCAUCGAGCUUGACAGAAGAAAGGCCCUUCUUGGCCAGCAGAACCAGCAGGCCACGCCUGAAAGGAGCCGGAGGCGUGUGUUUACAGGAAGCCACACACGCACUCUCUCUUUGCUAUCCCCAACGAAGCCGAGUGGCGGGUUCGAGGAUGAGCCGGAGACCUCCAGGAUCGACUCUAACGCUCGUCUUGCGUCCGCUACGGCAGCUGUUCCCGCUAAGCGCGCAUCGUGGACUUCCCGGCCAGCGCAGGCGAGUGGAAUGAAACAACUUGCCGAAGAUCUCAAAACCGGAAUCUGGACUUUCGUAGAGGAUCUACGUCAAGCCACGGUCGGCGACGAGCCCAUUACCGGUCAAGGAGUGUACAUGAGAGGCAUGGAUGGUAAUAUGAGGCCGACUAUGACUGGAAGCCUCAACAAUGGUGAUCAGGACACUAUCCGUGCAAGAGGCAACCCGAGGGCCCGUGCGUCAUCAGCCUUCGAGGAGACUUCCAGGGCAACAAAGGUGGAAAAGGGAAUGGACGCUGGGAAGGAAGAAGAGGACACGAGCAGCGAUGCCGCGCCCCCCAAACCGCCUCGACCCCUUCAGCGAUCUAAAACCGACGCAGACACCUCCAGGCCAACCAAGCGAUUCUCUUGGGCCCCGCUGACCAUCGACUCAUACGACGACAACGACUGGUCCAACUGGGACAGCCCAAACAUCUCAUCGCCGCGGUGGAGCGGCACGACCGUCAACGGCGACAUCAUACCCACCAUCCCCGAGAAGCGCGACAACGAGAGCGAGCUGACUCCUCUGAAGAAGACAUCCUCCAGGGAUUCCCGCACUACGCGCUCCCCAUCCCCAUCAUCGUCCUCGUCCCUGAGCCCAUCCAACAAGCUCGAGGAGCUCCUUCCGCCAGUGCUGAACAAGUUGACGCCGAGCAACAUCAAGCGGGCGGCGGGUGACUUUAUGAAAGAGUGGGAGCGGAGUCUGUCACCGCCUGAUAUGGCCUCACCCGUUGGUACCGGUCAUGAUGUGGGAAAGGAGAAGGGCGCAUGA